AUGAAAACCUCAUUCUGUUUGUUUAUUUUGGCAGUAGCUGCAGGUGAAGUAAGCCUGGAUAUGGAGAUAUCCGUUUUAACCAACUUCGUUGUAAACUUGGUUAAAACCAACCAUGCCAUCUUGUUUGUGUGUUCGAUUAAAGACUUUGAAGAAACGACUAUUGCAUUGAUGGAAAAAAACCAAUUUGUUAGUGUCGUACAUCUUAACAUGAACCAAACUUACUCCCUACCAACUUUAUUAACAAGAGAAUGUCAUGCUCGAACUUCAAUACUGGUAAAUGCAAGGUGUAGUGGAACAACUGAUCUUCUUUUCGAAGCCUCUGAAAAUAGAUUUUUUAAUAAAACCUACCAAUGGUUCCUCUGGGGUGUUGACCUUGACGUUCAAUCAUUAUUUCCAUUAAAACUGAAUUAUGUCGGCCCAAACGCUCAGAUAACGUAUGUAAAUAAAACCGAUGACGGAUACGCAUAUUGGGAUAUUCAUUCCAAAGGAAGACAUUUGAAAUCGAAGUUGGAAAUACAUUUGAUAGGAACACUAAUAAAUGAUACAUUGAAUAUAGUGUGCGAUAUUUUUCAUCUGCAAAGUAUUGAUUUUCGCGGACAAUUUAAUGGAAUUACCUUAAGAGGAGCAAGUGUUAUCGAUAAGGAGGAUAUAAUUACAAAUGAACAAAUUGAAUCAAUUCUUUCGCGACCCACAAAAGAUGCUGGAGUGGCCGCAUUUAUAAAGUAUCAUUACGAACUUUUGGGACUUUUGAGAGACCGUUUCAAUUUCACCGUUAAUUUUCGGAAUUCUAGGGGAUGGGCUGGACGGCUGGGAAACACUACCUUUCGGCUUGGUCUCUUGGGAAUAAUUAUGCGAAAUGAGGCGGAUAUUGCCGCAUCCGGAGCAUUUAAUCGUAUUAAUCGAUUUGCAGAGUUUGAUAUAAUACAUCAAAGUUGGAAAUUUGAGACUGCGUUUUUAUACCGCUAUACUGCAGACUUGGACACUCAUGGAAAAAGUGGGAACUUUCUAUCACCAUUUAGCGACAGAGUAUGGUUCUUCUGCCUUUUAACCCUUGCUGCUUUCAGCAUAAUUUGGGUGCUAUUUGAAGUUAUAGACAGCAAGCUUUUACAUAGACGAGAUAUCUCCCAAAAAACAGAAGGUUCCAGUCAGAAAAUGGAAGCUGCACCUAACGCGGUUAAGGAUAAUCCUAGCAUUAAAACCACUUGCAUCGAGCGAAUUCUGCAGACCUUCGGAGCCUGUUGUCAACAGGGAUUGGACCCAAAUCCAAAAGAUCGUUCUGUUCGAUUUCUUGUAAUGACCUUAUUUUUAUUCUCUCUUGUAAUGUACAAUUAUUAUACGUCUUCUGUUGUGGGAGGACUUCUAAGCUCUUCAGAUCAAGGUCCAGCAAGUGUUGAUGAGAUAACGGCAAGUCCUUUGAAAAUAUCUUUUGAAGACAUUGGAUACUACAAAGUCUUAUUUCGAGAAAGUCAAAAUCGAUCCAUUACAAGAUUGAUUGAGAAAAAACUGUCUUCUUCACGAGGUUCAAAUGAAUUGGCUAUUUUUAGUCAUAUUGAAGAAGCUGUUCCAUACCUUAAAGCUGGCGGUUUUGCGUUUCAUUGUGAAGUAGUUGACGCUUACCCGGUUAUAGCUGAAUUUUUCGAUGCUAAUGAAAUCUGUGAUCUGCGUGAAGUCUCCGGUCUAAUGGAAGUGGAAAUUAUGAAUUGGAUUUUACAUAAGAACAGCCAGUACACUGAAAUAUUUCGAACUGCUAUGUGUAAUGCCCAAGAGAAAGGAUUUGUGGAACGCAUUCUUCGAAGGCGGCAAAUUAAAAAACCGGCAUGCCAAUCACUAUACACUGUUUAUCCUGUAAGCUUGUCAGGAGUGCUACCAGCAUUUGUUAUAUUGAUUGGUGGAACAAUAGCAUCUUUGCUACUUUUGUGUAUGGAGAAAUUGUAUGAGCAUCUAGGCCUAGCAAAGUUGUGGGGCUUUUAA